AUGGCUAAAUACCAGUCUGGCUUCGCCCUCGCCGUCCUCGCUGCCACCCUGGUAGCAGGUCGUGGUGCCAAUGACUGGUCGAAACCCUGCUUCAACGGCGAAUGUGCCUACGAUAUCCCGACCGAGAACCAGUCUGCUUCCAUCAAGAUGGUUGGCGCGCCGCUGGCUAUUACGGAUAUCACGCCUGCUGCAGGGUGGGUCGUGCUUGACUGCGACGCGAAUGCGGCAUCCCAGGAGAUCCGCCUUGUGUGUAACUCGGACGACGCUGAGGCUGCUGGCUGCAGCCAUCUCUUCGAGGGCGAUGGUCCCGUCCACAAAUAUGUGCGCUUGCCAGAGAGUUGCGGUUCCGAGCCGUUUGCACGUAUCGCAGAUUACCGCGUUCACGAAAACCAGUCGAUCCCGGAGCACGCGGCCUCAAAGAUCUCGCGCCGCGAUGGUGUCGCUCCCCAGGUCUUCUCAGUUAGCAUUGAUGACGACUUUGCAAGGGUCGACGAGACGAAGUACGGCAAAGUCUUUGCGCUUGUCGUCGGUACCAACAUGCCAGGCAUCGACACCAACUUCGCUAUCCCGCAAGGGAUCGAUAACAAGGACGUCGCUGACAAAUGGGCGCAGCAAGCAAUGAAUGACGCCGAAAUCAAAGUCAAAGGCCUGAAAGCCACCAUCUCCACCGUCUACUACGUGCCCAAGGCUGACGGAGAGGUCGAUGUCAAGACAUCUAAAAGUGGAGAAGAGCUUGAUGCUCCCAAGAAAUCAGGAAAGCUUCAGUGGGGGUCGAGCACCGAAGCAAUCACGCUGCCGGUGAAGCAGGAGAAGACACUGGCGAGCUGCGGGUCAGCGGCUCUCAAGGCUGAACUGAAGGGCUCGUUGGCCACCAAGGCGUAUGGGUCGGCGGCGGCGUUCAGUGCUGCUGCGGUUAUUGAGUUGAGCGUUUCGUCGAUCAAGGCCAUGGCGAGCAACAUUUUAGACUUCUCCGCACACUUUGAACACGAUUUGACGGUGACACUGUCGUUAGUGGGUGAGCUCAAGAAGGAGUUCACCCUCAUGCCAGACACCGCUGUCCCCAAUGCCGGUAUUGAUCUCAAGUAUGUCGCGGCCGGUCUGAUGUUCGGCGUCUCCGGAGAGAUGGUCGCCAAAGCCCAGGUUGGCGUAGAAAUCAAGACAGGAUUCAAGUGGGGUGUUGACAAAGCCGUCAUCGCGAUCCCUGGUGCUCAUGCCGCCACGCCAUAUGCGAAGGAUGGAUGUGCGUCUUUGUAUCUUGUGUUCGGUCUCUCACAAAUACUCACCCGCCCUUUACCCAUACAAGACUUCAACUUUGGAAUCAGCAAAGAUGGCGAAGGUAGCAAAGCAACCGGCGAGAUCGACAUCACCAUCCACCCCAAGUUCAGCGUGGGCAUCAACGGCAAAGAGAAGCUCAAGAAUGUCAAGGCCAGCGCGAACAUCGGCCUGAAGGCCGGCUUGGGGCUUACUGUUGGUAUCACCGGAACACCGAAGAGGGAUGUCGCCCUGUCGUCGGACUGGUACUGCGCGAAACUCAUUGCGCACAUUGAGGGUGUCGCCGGCGUCGACUUGAAGCAUCCCAUCAAGUUUAUCCCGGAUUGGGACAAGGAGUUCUCCUUAUUCAAGAAGGAGCUUGAGCUCUGGACACAUGGUAGUUGCCCCACACCCAAGGCAAGAAGGAGCACCCUUCAUGGUCUGCUGGAGUCGAGGGCAUCAGACUUGACAUUCCAUGACGUGCUCGACUCAUUGAAAUGCCCGAAGAAGGAUCAGAGCAAGUUGGAGAAGGGGGAAUCAAAGAGCAAACUGAGCUCAUCAGCCAUGAAGAUGAAGGACGUUUAG